CUCGGCUGUGUUUGUGUCACGCGAUGCCUCCCAAGAGCGCCUCAACACCACCACCACGAAACGACGGAUUCAGCCUCUCGUUCCUCCAAGUUUGCCCUUACGUUAUCGUCCGCUCAAUCUCGCUGUCUCCUUCAGACGCUGGAGCCGGUCAGGCCCAACCUGGGCCACGAUGCUCAGCCCUGGGCAGCCUGGUCGGGCCUGCGGGCCUGAUCGUCCUGUCCCUGCUCUUGUUGAUCCUUGCCCGGUUCCCCGCACGUCAAGUCCAGAGAAGUGGCAGGACAGUGAGGGAGAGUGAUUCUCUAUCGCAACUAGAACCGAAGCUCGAGAACAGGGAGGGGCUCGAUAGCAUCCUUCUCGCCUCCUCGUUAGCCCCAACUGGCUGACUCCCAGCCCUUUAUCACCUUGCCCACCCUCCCAGAUGGAGCGUAUACGUGUCCGUGCCCUCCUUUUUUCUUUUUAUCAUGGGCCGUAGAUCCUUGCCGAUAGAGGAGCUCGCUGUCGUCGCUAAACCCAUCCAACGGCUUCCCUGCUUGUGUCUGCACCGACU